AUGCGCUUCUCACAGGUCAUCUCAUCCAUAGCCAUAGCGGCCUCAACCGCUGAGGCUGCUCCUCGUGGUUCCAGAUUCUUCCGUCAGUGGUAUGGGAAGAAUGCCGGCGCUCGCAGCGAGGAUAGCAGCAGUCUAGAGUCUGAGCACCAAGUGCUAGAGCAACUUCGCCAAAACUUCCACCGAGCGAUCAGACAGAAUGGUACCUCCAACUCGACGGUAACAUUGACCACGACAGAGACGCAGACUGCCACUCUAGAGCUGUCAGUUUCCGAGUUGACGAAACCAACUGCGCCGCCAGCUCAGGGGGGAGGGGCUCUGGUUUGCCCCAGUGGUACACUCUUUGUCUCGACAACCACAAUCGACAUUACGGUCUACGUCACUGCAACCCCAAGUGACGAGCCUACCGCAUCUCUGACAGCCAGCAGAGAGGUCAACACAGACGUUGGCCAGAAGUUCGAGGCGACAGCUGUCACUUCGACUCUCACCGUCUCCCUUGCCCAGAACUCGCAUACAUCGGCCUCAGCUCCCUCCUCCGCAGGACAAGGAGCUGGCUUGGGUCAAUCGACAGCGCCAUCUGUCCCGACUUCAAGCUCUGCCUCGGUUCCAUCCUCCUUCUCCGCUCCCUCUCCUUUCGCUCCCAUGUCCAGCCAGAACAUGUCCGCUCCUGCAGUUCAAACCCCGUCUGCGCAGAUCUCUACACCAGAGCCUCUGGUUGCGACGACGACGCCAAAGGAAAAUCAGACAAAUUCCGCACCUACCAACACGUCCACCACGGAGUCAGCUACAAAGACUCCUGCCGCGGUUGAGACUCCUUUCUCAUCCUCUGUUCUCAUGGAGACACCCUCCUCUGUUGGAACCACGUCCGCAUCCGCUGUUGUUGAGACGCCUUCUUCCGCCAUUGAGACUCCUUCUGCCUCACUGGUUCAGACUCCUUCUUCAUCCAUUGAGGCUCCUUCAUCCGUUGAGACUCCUUCAUCCGUUGAGACUCCUUCAUCCGUUGAGACUCCUUCAGCCAUCGAGGCUCCUUCAUCUGCCAUUGAGUCUCCUUCUACCUCACCGGUCGAGACUCCUUCUACCUCAAUGAUUGAAACUCCUUCCAUCUCGCCCAUUGUGACACCCUCUUCCUCCCCGGAUAUUGAAACUCCUUCCUUGCCCAUUGAAACUGGGACCGUGGAAACUACCUCUGCGUCACUUGGUUUUAAGACGCCUCUCGCUUCUGUUGUAACCCCCUCUUCUUCCUCUCUUGAGAUACCUUGUCCUUCCCCCUCUCCCUCUGAUGAUGAAGUCUCCAUUACCCCUUUCCCCGUUGAAACCUCAUCGGAGCCCCUCGAGACUUCUUCUUCCCGCCCUACUCUUAUCUGGACCCCUUACUCCAUAGCGCCAUCGCCUACUCCCGCUGAACGUGUUUCAUUUACCUCUUCUGAGACUUCCGAGUUCCCUAUUGCUACUUCAUCCUCUGAUGAUGUCGAUGCACCUGUACCAACUCGGAAGCCUGCGCCCCUCAUUGAUAUCGACAUCAAUCUCCCCGAACCUUGCAUCGACCUAGACAUGGCUCCUGUCACCACCUCCAAGCUCACCGAGACGCCCACUUUCACUCUGCCGGCACCAGUCCAGACUGUCGGCGCAGGUGCCCAGACGCCGGGUGCUCCUGAGAAGAGCUCUACCUACUGCGGUGUCAACGGUGAGCCCGCUGGUGUCUACUUCCUGGCCGAGUUCAUUGAGGAGAGAUCCGGCGUUCCUGUCUCUCAAGAGGGAUGCUACCAGUUCUGUAAUAGCGUCAUGGACUCGACCGAGGGCUGCCAGUCCUACCGCUUCUACCAUAACAAGCUGGGCGCCCCUCGCUGCGAACUCUACGGCAUGCCCGUCUCCUGGUCCGUCGACGACCUGGACCAGAACGUCGAGGGCAAGUGGUUCGACCUCUCCUGCGGCUCGCCCACCGUCAAGAAGUGGCAGUCGUCAUGA